AUGCGGCUACCCUACCCUAAGAGGAGAGAUUAUUGUCCUGCCCCUUACUCCCGACCUGAACAAGUAGCAGUGGUGGAAGAAGACGACGACACCGAUUGGAAGAACAGUCCCGACCUACCUCCCAGAAUUAACGAAUAUUCUUUUUCUGUUGACACUGUAGGUCUGAUAAACCACCUGUCGAAGAUGGGGAAAGCAGUGCAAUGGCCGCCAAAGUCCAGCAAGCCAGACUCAAAGAAAGACCCCUCGAAGUGGUGUGAUUUUCAUGCCGACAUUGGUCAUACCACCAAUGAAUGCGUGGCGCUAAGAAGAGAAGUCGCAUACCUAUUAAAGAACGGAUACCUCAAAGACGUCAUGUCCGACAAAGCUCGAGGUGUCGUCAACAAAGACAACUCUAAUUCUCCUUCUCGACCUCCUUCACCUCCCCCUCAUACUAAAAACUCAAAAAGGCACACUCGAGAGAACGAGAUCGACAUACCAGCGAGGGAAGUUGCUAUAAAACACCUGACCCCUAUAUCCUUUGACGAAUCUGAAGCUGGUGACAUCUCUGACAAACAUACUGACGGUCUGGUAAUAUCUAUUCCCGUUGGGAAUUGUAUGAUCAGACGGGUCCUUGUCGACAAUGGUAGAUCCACCAACGUUAUGAUGCUCGAUGCCCUCAAGGAGAUGGGGAUGAACCCAGACACCGACGUCGUUAAGAAAUCUACGGUUCUUAUAGGAUUCAGUGGCGAAGCGAAAACUACUUUCAGAGAACUCACAUUUCCCGUCUAUGCCCAGAGAGUCAACCAAAAGGUAAAAUUAUGUGUUAUUGAUUGCCCAUCAUCUUACAACAUUAUCUUUGGUAGGCCAUGGAUUCACGACAUGAAGGCCAUCCCAUCGAACCUAUCACUAAACCAUCAAGUUCCCAACUCGGUGGUGGGUUUAGGAAAUCAAAGGAGAUCAAUAAGAAUCCAAAGAGUGUUACAAAGCGGCACUGAAGCCUUCAGCCACCAACAAAUCCUCAUUAUAUCAACUACAGUCCAGCUCUAA